GCCGGGGGCGGAGCGAGGACAGCUCCGGUGCUGAUCGCGACGCGGGUUUGCCGGCAGAGCCGGGGCUGGCGGCGGAGGCUGCUGGCGUGCGGGAGCGAGCGGCGGCGGGGCCGCGCCCGACGAUGAGGCACGAAGCGCCCAUGCAGAUGGCAUCCGUUCAAGAUUCCAGAUAUGGCCAGAAAGAUACAUCUGACCAGAAUUUUGAUUACAUGUUCAAACUGCUCAUUAUUGGCAACAGCAGUGUUGGAAAAACCUCCUUUUUGUUCCGAUACGCUGAUGAUUCCUUUACAUCUGCAUUUGUAAGCACGGUUGGGAUUGAUUUCAAAGUAAAAACGGUUUUCAAAAAUGAAAAAAGAAUUAAGCUACAGAUUUGGGACACAGCAGGCCAGGAGAGGUACAGAACAAUUACCACAGCUUACUACCGGGGUGCCAUGGGCUUCAUUUUAAUGUAUGACAUCACAAAUGAAGACUCUUUCAAUGCUGUGCAGGAUUGGUCAACUCAGAUCAAAACAUACUCUUGGGAUAAUGCCCAGGUUAUUUUGGUUGGCAACAAAUGUGACAUGGAGGAUGAACGGGUAAUCUUCACUGAGAGGGGAAAACAUUUAGCAGAGCAGCUUGGCUUUGAAUUUUUUGAAACAAGUGCCAAGGAAAACAUUAACGUCAAGCAGACGUUUGAACGACUUGUGGAUAUCAUCUGUGACAAAAUGUCAGAAAGUCUGGAGACGAAUCCCACCAUUGCUGCCAGCAACCAGAACACACAGCUAAAGGACACCCCUCCUCCACAGCAGUCCAACUGCAGCUGCUAAUGCAGUUAUCAGCAAAGGCAGCUCCAGUGUGUUCUAUUGCCAACAGAGUAUUUAUGAAUGGUUUAUAUGCCUUUAUUUAUACUGUCUUAUUAAUUUAUUUGGGAGAACAGUCUUGUUUUACAUCAGCUGUUUGACUGUGCAUAUGGGGAUAGAGCAGUUUUUAGUCUGAAAGGAUGAUCCAUAUUUAGAACCUGGCUUUUGCAUGCAGGGUGUAUAUUAAUUUCUAUUUUCUUUUUACUGUUUUAUGUCACACUUCAGCUGGUGCCAUGUCCUCAGACCAUGUUUGCCUAUAAUUGUCUCUUGCUUCAUCAGUUUCAAGUAAUAUAGUUGAAUUGUUAGGGUAGUGGUCAGGGUGUUUUGACUUAGCUUCCUGAUGCCACUUGUAUAUUUUCCUGACUGAAAAUUAAUUUAGAAGUAUUAUUGUAAUGAGCAAAUCCCUCAUUCUGUCAGGUCACUUGUUAGGGACACUUCCUGGAGCACAUUGCCUUGGAAAAUCCACACUCACUAUGUUACACAUCCUGUCUGACUGAAAACUGCAGAAAUCAAAAGAAAGUUAGGUCCUGGACCCAAAGCCAUCAAAAUUUACAACUGUUCAUCAACAAUUUCCAACUGGAUGUGGAUAUACAUUCCAGAGUCUCAGAGAAAUUAGGUACUUCAUCCUGUUUGGACAACUAGGGUACUUUUAUAUAAGAGCUGCAUGUCUAAUUAAUAAUUUUCUGAAACUGGACUUAAUUUCUCAUUCUACCAUUAUGGAGAUCCCAGUCUUACCUAUCCCUGUAGAAGUCUAGGUAGCUCUUUCCAUGUUUGCCUGCAUCAGACAUUAACCACACAGUCCUAUAUUAUGUCUGACAGAGACAAAUCCAUUGUAUUUGGUUGUUCAUAGCCAAAAGCUGCCUUGUCACAUUGCUGUCAAACCUGCAUGCUUCAGUUUUCAGAAAUUUCAUCUCCCAUUCAGUCACUGAGACAGCUACCUCCACAGUGUCUAUAAAUGUCUGCAUUUUACUCAGACCUAUUGGAGAAAUGCUGAUGGUGUCAGUGAACUGAAAUUUGACCUGAUUUUUUUCCCAUUUAUUUUGGCAAGAGAUUUAGGAUUUUUAAACUUUAGGAGAAAUAAAACUGUCAACAUUUCUAAUCUUAGGCUGAAUACAUUGAAAAUAUCAGCAAAAAAACGUGAAGAUAGUUGAAUGAAGUACACAAAUUCUUUUAUGGUAAAGUGUUAAAAUAGUUAUAUUUUACAGUUUUUACUCCUUUAGUAAUUGGUGGAAGUUUCUUAAAUCAGUGUCCUGAAGUACUUUGUACAACUGCUUUACUUGCAUCAUAGUGACUUUUUUUACCCGAACAGCAUAACUGAAGAAGCCCUGAUUAUUUUAUUUUUCCUAUUAGAUAGAAUUUAAGACAAGGCUGAAAUUUUGUAAACUGUCAGAAAUAGGGAAAAAAAUGAAAAAUUAAAUAAAAGGAAGUAACACAUAGUACAUUGAAUGACUCACAACUACAAAGAAAGCCUUCUUUACAGUUUAUGUUUUUUGAAGGUAACUUAUGUAACUCCUGAUGCACACUAAGAGAAAAUGGUCUCCUUUUAAAAAUUGAUUAAAUAAUCUAAAUACACUUUGACACAAUAAAAGUUACUUCCAAACAAGUGCAUAGACACAUGUAAAGAGGAUAUACCAGGAGGGGUCUAACUGGGCUGCCUAAGUUAAAUUAAUCAAUGCUGCCUUCAUUCUAGGUCUUUAAACUAUGUCUGUCUUGUAAGGUGGUUUAUUUAAAUAGUUUUCCCCCUAGUAUACAUGGAGAGUAAUUUACCUCCACGAAGAGAAAGCAUCUCCAUUUUAGAGUGGAGAACCAGCCAGGUGAAAGAGAUAUGUGCUAUCCAAACCAUGUUCCUUUCUCUGUUCAGGGUGUUUUUUUCUUCCCCUCCCCAUUUAACAUACUUAGCAUGUUGCUAAGUAUGCUGAGAGAUUUUCACUAGUACAUUUUCACCCCAUAGGUGUCAGCUGAUUGGAAAAAACAGAAGUGGUACAAAGCUGAGCAAGUUCCAUUUGAGAUGCCUGCUAGGCAGUUUUCCAUGUGUUUCUUGUUAUGUCAGCAAAUCCUGGUCAAGAAGAAGGAGCAGGAAAACCUUGAGAUAGAAUUCAGCUUCAGCUCUCAAGUUCUUUAGAUGAGUAUUAGGUUGUAUUAUUAGUCUGAACCAUAUCAGGCAAGGAAGGGAGAGACAUAAUCACAUUGUCAAGGAUCUUGGGCAUAUCCUGAAUGAUGCAGCUUGGCAAAAACUACAAGUAUUCUUCCAGCUUUGCUCUGAGGUGUUUGAUGUGAAAUUGUCAUAUCCUAUGCACAGUGCAAUAAGGAAAAAAUACUUCAAGGUGUCCCUUGCUGCAGUCACACUUCGCUUGUAUUCCAUUGCAAUGAAUUUAAGACCCUCUCUGGUUAUGACCAUUUAGACUUGGUGGUAGAAAUACAUUAGCAUAUAUCUUUUUCAACAGAUUGAGUGGUAGAUAAAAAGUUAUUUACUUAAAUGGGAUUAAUUAAUUUCUUUUCAUUUUGCAUCAAGAAUCUAAGCAGAAGAGUAACUGCAAAAUCUAAAGAGAACCCCUGCUUCAAGUUUUUGAGGCAACUAACUUGCUAGGCCUCCUUCUGCAUGAGAUGGGGUGGUGGGAGCAAGCAGCUGUCAGAAUAGUGCUGCUCCUUAGAGUGCUAAAUGCACGUUAAAAGGAAAAAGCUUAUCUGAAAUACAGCAGCAGAGAAUGAGUCUGCAUCUAAAAUCUUCUCAACUAACACUCAGAUGUUGUCAUGGAGUUCAGAGUUAGAUUAAUUUUUAAAAUGUUCAAAUAAAAUAUUUGGAGUUUUUCAAGAUAAGACUAAAACCCUAGGAAAACCACUUGACCCUCUCAGUUGACACUAUUUUGAGUAGAAGGUUGGAAAGGAUGACCUGCUGUUGUCCCAUCAAACCAAAUUUAUCCUAUCCUUACUUUUACUGAAAUUGAAAAUAUGUGGAAGUUCAAACAGAAUUUUUCUUUUCAAACUGGGUUACUUACUGUCAGAAAAGUAGGCUUUGAUAUUCCAUCACAGGUUAGCUUUUGCAGUCACAUGCUUCAUGGCAAUAUUGAGUUUUCUCCUAUAAAGUUGGUCACAUUUAGACCAUAAGCAUCAUGAUCUCAGUACCUCUCUCAACAAGAACUUGCCAUUUGUAGAGAAACAGUAAGGACAGAAAAGCUUUUGAGUAGUAACUUACCAAGCAUUCCUCAAAUAUUCCAAGAAUUCAGAGGGGACUAGCAGUGUUAGGAUUUUCAUUAUAUGUAAAAUUGUUCCUUGGUCGCCUAUGGGAUAGAUUAUCCAACAGCAGCCUGUGUCAAUCUGGUUCAGUUCCUCUAGACUUAAAGGAUAGAACUGCAGUUUUCUUAAAUUCAGGCAGGCUGAACAUUUUUGAAGAACUUGUCACGACUUGAUCAAGGGCCUAAAUUUAAACAAUGUAUUGUUCUUCACAUUAAUCCAGUAGUCACUGAUUAUGCAUUCCUGGAGGAGACAAGCAGGUUUUGGUUAUAUCCCUGACUAUCCAGUGGAGUGGCACAAUUCCUUAAAGUACCAGGCUACAAAGCACUAUAUUUUGUGAUGGAAGACGGGAGGGCUCAGAUGAAAACUGGGAUAGCAGAAACAAAACUACUUUCAGCCUCACCACAAAUAUUAGUGAAAAAGUUCUUGCACACCUUGCAUUAAUUUGUUGUACUUUCAACAUAGACAUAAGACUGAAUGUCACAACAAAUAAUUGGUCCAGCCAUAGAUACCUAAUCCUACACAAUGCUUUUUCCGAGUUAUGAUCUAGACUAAAGUUUAUAGCAGCAGGGUAAUCCUGUGCAUGGGCCGUGCACCAGCCUUAUCAUGCUCUGACAAUGUGCUGCUUUCUGUACCUUCAAGCUACUGGUCAGAAAAUACCUUGGGAGCACCCAGGAACAUGGGGAUUGACUGGUUCCUGUGGUGCCUCUGGCACCAACCUGCCAAAAAGCUAGCCAGCCCUGCUGGGUUGAACAUUCAGAUGCAUGUUUUUGAUUCUUUUAAGAGUUCAUGUCCACAAGUUACAAGUGCAACUGACUUAAUUCUGUGUCUGUUAUUUUUGGUGGUGGUGGUGGUUAUAGACUUGUUCAUUUGGUGUUUUAAAUAAUAUGAACUAGCUUAAUUUUCUGUCAAAAAAUACUCUUUCUGAACAGCUGUGCAAGUGACUGUUAAGUGGAAUUGUUUGUUCCUUUGUGCUUAUACUUAAGGCAGCGCCUAGAGAAAUUACCUGAGCAACUACAUCUAUGUGGCCUUUUCCAGAGCACCAGUCUGAAAGAUUAAAUUUUUUCCCAGUCUGCUCAGCUCAGCUGUACCAUCUUAAUCUUAUUUAUUUUAGAAAUGAAGUGCUAUUUUAGGAUACACAAAAUUUGCGGGAGUUUAAUCCCAGCUUUGAGAAUGCAUCAAAUUUACCACUUUUAGGGAAAAAAGAAACAAAAAUUCUACAGUUGGUUGUUUUGCAUUUAUUUCUUCAGAGCAGACAAAUGAUGUUGCAAUUGCAUUCCAAGAGAAACCCCCUUAUAAACUCCACCUCUACAAAGCUACUGUCUUCUAUAUUUGUUUUUAGAGAAGUAAGUUUUAUUAUUUACAUUUUUACAGGCAUCAAUUAAAUUUCAGUUCUGAUAGAUCGAUUCCUUCUUGGCCUGUUUCAUAUAGACUCACAAUGUAUGAGCCUAGUUCUUCUUUAGCAUGACAGAUUUAGCAGUGUGAGAUCAUGAGUUUGAAGCCUCAUAGAUGCAUCUUCAGGGGGUUUAGCAACAUAUCUUCACCUAUACCAACAGGUGAAUAAGUUAUGUUAAUUUGCACCAUUGAUCCAUACAUUCUGACUCCAGAUUCUGCAAGGCUGCUCACUUGUCCAGUCUCAUUUAAAAAGGCAACAUAUUUCAAUUACUUGAAUGAGCUCUACCAGUUUUAUGUAGCUCACCUUUGCAAAUUAAGCUUUUUUUUUUCUUUGUUUAUCCAUGGGUGUUCAGUGAAGAAUUUGUGACUACACACAUAUUAUAUGCACAUAUAUACAGCAGUACAUCUUUGAUACUCAUUCAUAUAUUCAAUGCUACUUUUCCCAAAUUUAUCCUUAAAUUGUCAUUACUGCUGGAAAUGAAAUAUGCUACCAUUUGAAGACCAUAGGCUUAUUAACCAUGGUUGCAGCAGAGGUAGAUGGCUUGUCAUCUGUACGAUAAGGUACUUGUUAUCUGAUCUGGGGGGGAAGCAAAAGUCCUGAUUUUCCCACAACUUCACAUUCACUUAUAAAACACAAAUAUGAAAGUUAGACAUUGUUUACCAUUUCUGGUGGUAAAUUUCCUCAAGUAAUUCUGACAUGUACCUGCAACUAGUGAUAUAUGAAAUGUUUGUGCUGUAACUCCUGUUUGGUAUUUUGUCAGUAAUGUCAGAUGUGUUGUGACUCAGUUGGACCGUCACAAUGUGUAACCUAUAUCCUAGCAUUCGUGUAUUUCAAUUGUCUUACAUGUUGCAUGAAAAAAAUGUUUUAAAAAUAGAUAUUUUUUCUAUUUUUGAAUACCUCAAGACUGAGGAAUCAUGGGCCAAUAAGUGCAAUAUUUAAUUAUUUACUCAGUGUAUAUAAACUUGUGUGAAAGGGAGAAGCAUCAUGUAUGUGUGAUAACCUGUUGAUGAUGACUAUGUGGCUUAAGAUUUCUAGUAAAUGUACACGUCUUGUAGAAAUAUUAUAUAGUAAACACUUUACCAGUGUAGUGUAAGAAUAUUCUUAAGUAACUUAAGCUAUUUUUCAUAUAUGAGACUAUGGUUACAGAUAUUUGUAUGUUUAUAGCAAGUGCAUGUCAAUUUUACUUUUAGAGUUUUGAGCAACCUUUUUUGAGAAUUGUCAUGUUACACCAACACUAGUGGGACAGGCCUUCUGUCAGAAAAUUAUUUACACCAUUUAUAAAAUGUCUGCCUAUAUUUUUUAAAGCAUGUUCUCUAGAAGCAUUAAAAGAACCUCUUGGAGCUCAGCAUUUAUGCUGAGUUAAUUAUUCUUAAAGAAUCAGUUACAUGCUCUGUCUGCCUCUAUUGCAUAAUAUAAUGUGGACACGUUUUCUUUAAUAUGAUACAGUUAACUUAUAAUACUUACCUGAAAUAAUAAAUAGGGGUACCCAAUAUUCUUGCAGAUGACUUGGCAGACUUUGGCUGGUGCCCUGGUUUAACAUGUUUGCAGACAGCUUCAAGGUCACAGUCAGCAGCAGAGCAGUUGACCUAAUUGGUAAACACCCUUGGGUACAUUUGGGACCUGAAGCCCUGAAUCACUGAUCUGCCAUGGGUUCCCAGCUGUGCCCAUAGAGCCUGCAGAAAAGCUCAUUCUGUUAAUUUUUGCUAAAUCUCCAGCUUCAAAGGCAUGUGUCAUCUGCAUUAGGAAUUUACUAAACAGACACAGGCCACUGAGUCUGGGCCAUGGGGAAGAGCUGGGGAAUUGGUUUUGCCAGACAAUUUUCCUAAAAAAUGUACAUUCAUUAGUGCCACGCUAAAAGGUACAUAAGUAGAUUUUUAAUUUUAUUUAAUGCAUUUUUGUGACAAUUUAUGAGGUUGAAUCAGUUAUGGGUUUUUGUUGUUUUGCUUUGUUUUGUUUUGUUUUGUUUUGUUUUGUUUUGUUUUGUUUUGUUUUGUUUCUAAUUUGCUUGAUCUGGAAAAUAAUGAAAUUCUAAGGCCUAAUGGAAACUGGUAUCAAGGGUUUCCUUUCUGAUGUCAUCAAAUACAUUCUCUGACAAAGUAAAGCAGCCAAAUUGCAUUAAGUAGCACAUGAUAGUACUUGCAAUGACCUAAAAAGUCCUUAAAAACCAUUAUUUGUACCUAAUGCCAUUAAAACUUCUGCAAAAUUAUAUAGACCAGAGUGAAAUUAAAAUGUAUGUAGAUAGAAAUUUGGUAUUGCUUAAUAGAAAAAGGAAAUUCUUGUCAUCAUUGUUGCUGAGCAACAAAGAGUCAGAAUAUGAGGUACCACUGAAAUGGAAAUGUACUGCCUGCUACAGGACUCCCUAAACUUUUUAUUGUUAAGUGACCUGACAGUUCAAGGGCUGGCAGAUAAUUUUACCUAGCUUUUUUAUAAUUCCUCACAGACAUGUGAUUACAUGCACGAAAAUAAAUGCUUUCCUUGAUAACAUGUAGCUGUUCUGGUUCUCUCAAACCAACGUGUUUGCUGAACUGUUCUUGAAGAAAAAUUGAAGUACGUGUUUAGGAUACCUUUGUGAGGGGGUGAGACUCAAUCUGUGCCUUCUCCCCCGACUCUUACUGCAAUAUAGCUACUGUGGUUUUAAAAAAUAGGUUAGCUAAAAUGCUGCUGGGUGAUAAAUUUUGUGAAUUUUCUCCAUAAAUCCAUGGAAGCUCGUCUGAAUGUUCAGUACAAGUUUUAUCCACAUGGAGAGUUUAAUUCUGUGCUGACGUAGCAACCAUGUGUAUUCCAUUGGAUAUUCUUUUUGUGUGUGACUUCUGUAUACCAAGUGGAUCUUGUUUGUUUAAUUUUUUUGCUGAAAGUUUUUUUUUCCUUUUGCAGUUACAAUAAAUAUUCAAGAGACUAUAUUCAUGAA